AUGACGUCUGCUGCUAGGAAAGUGUCCGUCUUACUGGGUGCUCAAUGGGGAGAUGAAGGCAAAGGAAAGAUCAUUGACUUCCUGAUCGAGAACCACAAGAUCAACGUCACCGCCAGAUGCCAGGGAGGAAACAACGCCGGACACACCGUUGUCGCCAACGGACGCAAGUACGAUUUCCAUAUCCUGCCAAGUGGAAUUAUUAGCCCAACAUGCUUCAACGUCAUUGGAAACGGUGUCGUCGUUAAUCUGGACGCCUUCUUCUCUGAGUUGGCUCACAAUGGUGUUCUCUCGGAGCCGGGAUGGGAGAAGAGAAUCAUGAUCUCUAGUGAGGCCCACUUGGUCUUCGGAGUUCACUCUCAAGUCGACGGACGUCAAGAGGACUCGCUGGCCGCCAAGAACAAGAUUGGAACCACCAACCGUGGAAUCGGACCAACCUAUAGCUCGAAGUGCUUCAGAAACGGAAUUCGUGUUGCUGACUUGAUGGCCGAUUUCGAGGAGUUCUCCGAGAAGUACCGUCGUUUGGUGGAGCAUUAUAAGAAGCAGUUCCCAUCGAUUGAAGUUGAUGUUGAUGGAGAGCUUGCGAGAUUCAAGGAACAUCGUGAGAAGCUCGCUGAGCUCAAGCUCGUCGGAGACACCGUUGGAUUCAUCCAUGAGCAACGCACCAAUGGAAAGCAAGUGCUUAUCGAGGGAGCCAACGGAGCUCUUCUUGACAUUGACUUUGGUACCUAUCCAUACGUCACCUCUUCCAACUCAACUGUCGGAGGAGCUUGCACAGGACUUGGAGUUCCACCAACCGCCAUUGGAAGCGUCAUUGGUGUUGUGAAGGCUUACCAAACUCGUGUUGGAACGGGACCAUUCCCAACUGAGCUCUUCGAUGCUGAUGGAGAGAAACUGCAAUCGAUCGGAAAAGAAGUCGGUGUGACGACGGGAAGAAAGCGCCGUUGUGGAUGGAUCGAUCUGUUCUUGCUUCGUCGUUCGGCCAUGAUCAACGGCUACACGGAUAUUGCUCUGACGAAACUCGACAUUCUCGACACUUUCCCGACCAUCAAAGUCGCCGUCGGCUACAAGCUCAACGGACAGACGCUCACCGCGCCACCAGCUCAGACGAAUGCGUGGGGAGCCGUUGAGGUCGAGUACAAGGAGUUCGAGGGUUGGAUGGAGCCAACUGUCGGCGUGAGGAAGUACGAGGAUCUUCCCGAGAAGUGCCGGCAGUACAUUCAGUUCAUCGAGGAGUUCAUCAAGGUGCCAAUCGUGUACAUUGGCGUUGGAGCGGAGCGCGAAUCUCUCAUCGUCCGGCAAAAGCAGUAA